AGCCGCAAAAACCGUUGUCUAACUAGACAAAUCUCUCAGGAAAAGGAUGAUGUAACUAUAACAUAGUAUAACCCCAGGCUGGUAGUAACACGUCCCCAUUCAAUUAAGGCUCAAGCACGUCUGUCAUGGACAUAACCUUAACUUUGCCAAUGACUGCCUCCGGGACCGCAGAGAAUAUCAUUUUAAAGUAGAUAUAAUCUGGAAUAAUCAGGAUGUGAAGUAAGAAGAGUUACAGAGUUAUGUCAACUCAAGUGGUGGUAGUGGGUGCUGGAAUCAGUGGCCUCUCUGCUGCACGUCUGCUCCAACAGUCUGGGAUAGAUGUGAUUGUUCUUGAGGCACGGAAUCGACUGGGAGGCAGGUCACACACUAUACAGGACCCAGUCCAUGGCUCAGUGGAUCUUGGUGCAGCUUAUAUCGGUCCAACUCAAAACCGAGUUCUGAGACUUGUCAAAGAACUUGGCUUACGUCUCUACAAUGUUGACGAGAAAGGCAAAAGUGUCCUUAGUUUACAGAGCAUAUGGAGUACUUACACAGGAACUGUGCCACCGCUGAGAAAUCCUAUUGCACUAGUGGAUCUCAAUCAUCUGCUACGAACCAUAGAUUCCAUGGCACUAAAGGUACCACUUGAUGCUCCGUGGACAGCUGAAGAUGCUCUCAAAUGGGAUUUCAUAACCCUACAAGAGUUUGUGGAUUCCAUUGCUUGGACUAAAGCAGCAGUGGACAUAUUUACCAUCCUGGUGCGAUCCGUCCUCACCAGUGAACUCCACCAGGUGUCUCUGCUCUUCUUCCUCUGGUUCGUGCAUUCUGGGAAUGGACUUGUCAGACUUGGUUCUGUUACUGACGGAGCUCAGGAAAAGAAGUUAUACGGAGGUGCACAGCAAUUAUCAGAGAGAAUGGCGAUGCUGCUAGGUGACCGUGUUCAUCUUAGCUGUCCAGUGAAAACAAUUGUCGCUCGAGAUCAUGAUGUUUUUGUCGGAGACAGCAGAGGAAAGGAAUACAAGUGUCAGUAUGUUAUCUGUGCUGUUCCUCCAAUUGUUCUGAAGAAUAUAAACUUCACACCUCCAUUACCAGAACGAAAGAUGAAGCUAGUUCAUUCCGUUACCAUGGGAGCAACAUUCAAGGUCAACAUGUUCUAUAAGACAGCAUUCUGGAAAGACAUGGGUCUGUGUGGUCAAGCCAUUUCUGACAGUGGUCCUUCUGGCUACUGUGUUGAUGAUACAAAGCCUGAUGGUUCACACCCAUCACUGCUGGCAUUCUUUGUGGCUGAUAAUGGUCAACGCAUGAGUAGGUUUUCUCAGGAUGAAAGAAAAGAAGCUCUUUGUGAACAUUUUGCCAAAGUAUUCAAAUGUGAAAAAUUCUUGAAGCCGAUUGGUUACAUUGAAAAGAAUUGGAUGGAUGAAGAAUUUUCUGGUGGCUGUUGUGUAUGCAGUUUUCCUCCUGGAGUUCUAACAAAAUGUGGCAGGACACUUCGUGAACCAAUCAAUCGACUGCACUUUGCAGGUACUGAGACGGCCACUGAAUGGUUGGGUUACAUGGAUGGAGCCAUUCAAGCUGGAGAACGGGCUGCAAGGGAGGUACUUCACAGGUUGGGGUUAAUCAAAGAGUCAGACAUUUGGCAAAGUGAACCUGAAUCACUGGAUCAUCCUGCUAGACGACUGACCUUGACCUGGCUAGAGAGGUCACUCCCAUCAGUGUCUGGUUUCAUUCAGAUCUCUCUGUCACUAAUAGUAACUACUGUGGCAUGUUUUGUUUACAAAUACCUUAAUUAACAUAGUGUAUCAUUAUUGAUUGCCGGGUGUUCUGUACAUACUGACUGGCCUCGGUGGUGCAGUGGUUAAGCCAUCGGACUAUAGGCUGGUAGGUACAGGGUUCGCAGCCCGGUACCGGCUCCAACCCAAAGUUAGUUUUUACAGGCUCAAUGGGUAGGUGUAAGGCC